CAAUAAAUUGCAUUGGAGUUGUUCGGUCUGUCAUAUCGUGUAGUGAAGGAAUUUGUAAUUUUAUUUUAUUUUUCGGUGUGUAAAGUGUUAUUAUAUAUCUCUUAUAAGAACGCAGAUUCUUUAACGGCACCUGUUACAUAUAUAUGCAAAAGUGAAACAUCAAAAACUGCUCGCCUUCAAAGACGGACAAUUGGUGAAAUUUUUCCAAAUUUUAUCUAUUGCGCUGUGAUGUAACCGCGUGAGACCAUACGCAACCCAAAUUUAUGUGCCUAGCAAAUGGUUUUUCAUGUGUUCAUUAAAUUGAUUGCAAUAUUGUUUUGGUGCAUUGUAAGCGGCUAAUUAGCUUGUAAAAAGUGUAAAUAAAUAAACCACCUUAACCUCAUUUGGACAUAACCUCGUAGACUUUGUUUGGAAAUGGAAUUUUUUGUUCGAUUAAAUUUAGUUGGAAUUUUGUUAGAAGGUCGGGUAGCCGAUGAUAUGCAGUUCGAGUUUAAUAAUCGGCGGCCAUUGUCGAUAAUGUAGUGCUAGAAAGAGACAACAGUAUGACGGGUUAAUUGCGACUGGAAAACUGUGGAGUGCUGCCGUAUAGAUUGCAUAAGAAAUAGUACAAUUGUUCAAACAAAAGUUUUAUAAAUGUUUCAGCAUCUUUAACUUAAAUCCAUUAAAAAAUAUAUACAUAUUUAAAAAAAAACCGAGUAUCUGAAGAAUAAACGGGGAUUAAAGUGAAGUUUAAGUAAAACUUGCAUCAGCGCGACAUUAUGGAUAGACGAACAUUUCAAAUCCAGUGGAUAGAAGGCGACACUGAAGGCUUAAAAAGUGGUGGCGGACAGUUGAUUGUGAAACGACAAGUACCAUCAGAAGAAGAGAUACUGGCUAACGGUGUGGUUACAGCAGAUAGUGCCGCCUUUCACAUAGUCUCUGGAGACGAUGUUGAUGGCAAUGUACCAAACGAAGUGGACAUCGAUCAUAUAGCUGCCGAAAAUUUAAUUUUCAUGGCGCGGGAUGGUCAAAUGGUAACGGAGAUUAUAGGUGCUACUACCGAUGAAAAUGGAACCGUCGUUGUAUCCGCCUCUGAUAAUGUUGAUUGUACGGAGGCAUUGAAACAAGCAGCUGCUGCUGUUAUGUCUUCCAAUGAGCUUACAAAUGGACAGGGAAAUGGCGAUAUAAGGUUUGGGGAAAACUUUGUUGUUGAUAACACACCGCAAAUGGUAACCGAAGAAGUGAUAACGGACGACUGGGUGCAGCAUCAAGGCGAGGAACGUGUGGAAAUACCAGCAGAUCAGAUCAUUUGUUCAGGUUCGCAAGUAUUGCUUGACAUGGAAGUACCUUUGCCUACUGUGCAGGAUGAGUACACUACGUUACGGCCUUACCCGUGCGAUUUUUGUAGCAGACGCUUUCGCAAAAAGACAAGUUUGAUGAAUCACAUCGUUGCGCACCAGAACGAUCGUCCACAUUUGUGCAAAUUGUGCGGGUGUCGUUUUUUCCGUCGUUCCGAUUUAAUAAACCAUUUAAAAGCACAUGCUGAUGCACCAGAUCCUGAAAUAGAUGCAGAAUUUAUGAAUUUUGUGGAGCAGGAACAGCAACCGAUGCGCCAACCCAACGAUCAUUACUACGAACAAGAUUGGACAACACAAAUUAAUUCUUUGCAACGCAGCAAUAAAUCUAGUCGAAAAACGCACAACGUUAGCGGUAACAGCUCAUCUACCUCAACUUCGACGACUGUGGGACGGGGACGCAUUAGUCGCUUAAGACCAAAUAAAGAAGAAAGUUUUGUAAUAAAUGAACCGUUGCAGAACGAUGAACAGGAAACUGAAAAUCAGCAAAAUCAUGCCGCUGCUUAUGAGGACUGCCAACAACUACAGGCAUCAACUGCUGUUGUAAAAUUCACACAAAACCAAUCGCCAGAGCAUGGGAAAACCUUCCCUGUAAUUGAUGAGAGUAAGCCAUUUGUGUGUCAACAGUGCGGCUUGGCGUUUGGGCGGGAGAAGGCGUUAUUAGCACACACGAAGAACCAUCGUGAUGACCAGCCACAUGAGUGCAACCAAUGCAACGAAAUGUUCUGGGAUGCAAACAGCUUGCAGGAGCAUUUUAAAACCCAUCAUUUUGAGGAUAGCAAUUCAGAGUAUGACCCUGAUGAAGCGGAGGCGGAAGAAACACAAACUGAAUCAGAAUCAGAGCGCUUGUUCGGAGAGUUCUACUGUAGCGAGUGCGGCAUGUCGUUUCACCGUGAAGAUUUGCUACGGCGUCACUCUAAAACGCAUUCAAAAAGCAGUGUUGAAGUUGAACCAGAGAAUGAAAAGGAUCGGCACUGCUGCAACACUUGCGGUGAAACUUUUGCCGAAGCAUUAGACCUGUUGGCACAUGCGGAAAUUCAUGCGCGGUAUCCACCAUUUAAAUGUGUUCUUUGUGGCGAAACGUUUUUUGAUGAGCUGUCUAUAAAACGCCAUCUGCAGACAGUGCAUCCGCAUGACAUGACGCCCAACUCGUGUAUUCUUUGUGGCAAACAAUGCCGCGAUCGUAAAGCUUUAAUAAAACAUGCCUGGGAUCAUUCGCGCGAAAAGUGCCAUUCAUGUUCGAAAUGUGGCAAGAACUUUCAUAAUAAAGCACGUCUGAAACGGCAUAUGGCAUCUCAUCGCGAUAAGUCUGUCACGUGCGAUGUCUGUCACGAAGAGUUUCCUGAUGGUCGAACGCUUUCUAAUCAUCGCCACUCGCACACCAAUUCCUCAGGAAAAAUGUUCCCAUGCCAUGAAUGUGGAAAAACGUUUGGUUCGCGCAGUUCACAACAGAUACAUGUGCGUAUACACACUGGUGAAAGGCCAUAUGGAUGUCGCUUCUGUUGGAAGGCCUUUGCUGAUGGCGGAACCCUACGCAAACAUGAACGCAUCCAUACGGGCGAAAAGCCUUACGCGUGUUCGGUGUGUUCUCGUGCCUUCAACCAACGUGUAGUACUGCGCGAGCAUAUACGAUCACAUCAUUCUGGUUUGGACGUGAAGCGAAACACUUACUAUUGUACAGUGUGUUCCAUGGAUAUGUCAUCAUCAAGCGAUCUAGUUCAACAUCUAAUACAACAUAGCGAUAUGAACACUGCCAUGCAGAGGCAACCAGUAACUGGCCCUCGUAAAUACAAAAGGCGACGAAAACUGAAGCCACAUGAGAUUGCUCGUUUGCGCAGGGAGAGUCAACAGAACCCAAAUGGCAGUGAUAUAGAAAUUUCGGACUUUGAUAUUGACAAUGUAGAUGAUCUCCUUGGCAUUGCAGAUCCCCCUGCGCCCACAAAAACUUCCUUAAAAUCCAAACGUGGCAAAGCUAAAAGUAGCAAUAAUAAUUCGUUGACAAACGCCACCGAUGCCAGUGUUAUAUUGCCAGAUAAUGAUUUACUCAUGGAACGCCCCAGAAAGCCGCGCUACAAAUCAACUGGUAGUAAUUCAGAUACAAUAUGGCAAAACAAGCUCAUUAAUUCUAACUCUGUGCUAUCGAAUUUGGAAAACACUCUACAAACUAUCGAUGCACUUGUUGUGGGCUCUUCGGGCAGUACAUCACAAUUAGAUGCUGAUGAACGCAGGUCGAGAUACAAAUCGAACAUGGAGAUUAAUAGCAGUGGCUCGCAGCGCACACAGGAAGUGCAAAUAAGCAAAGGCCAAGGGGGAAGUAAAGCUCGUAAGCGACCAGAAAAAGCAACAGUAUCAAACAAAACAAGUCGCCCGCGUAUGAUUCAUACCGAAAAGUGGUCAGCUGGUAAUAAUGAAAGUGGUAGAAAACGUUCUAAAACAAUUGUAACCAAAAAACAAGAUAAAAGUUUAGAUGUAUUACGUUCCUCUACAAUAAUUGUCGACGACUAUGAAAUUAUUACACCCGCUACUGAGUUACCUAAGCAAAUUAGUUCGAGUCCGGCCCAUAUUAAAGAAGAGAGGGGACAGGAAGCUUAUCAACAUCAGCAACACCGCAUACAAUAUAGCUCACAUCAAACAAGUUCUUCAAGGAAUAUUGAUCUAUAUGAUACACAGUUUCUCGGUGGCACCGCUACGCUGCGUAAAGAAGCCUACGAGAAGUUCAAUCCCAGCAUUGUUAAUGACUUGGAAGAAAUUUUACGUUCGCCUAUUAAAUGUGAUCGCACCGAGCGUCACCGCUUCAUCAGUGAAUCGUCCACACAAUUCCUCGAAGAGGAGCAACACAACAUGAUAAAAAUCGAGCCAACAUCACCGGAUUUGCGUGAAAUUGUUGUUGGUGUUAGCGACACUGCGGGCGUUAGUGUAAGUGGUGGCAGUGCAAGCGGUAGUAGCAAUGAACGUCGUUGUAUUCGUACCGCUCGUAGUCGCGCCGGUGCUGUUAAUCGCAAAUAUCUUGAAUUCGAAUCGGAAUUGCCACGAAAUGGUGCACUUCGAACUCAAAAGCGUAGCGCCGCAACUAUCAGUAGCGGUAGCACUUCGAAGAAUAAGCAAGCCAGGAAUAAUAGACGAGAGAAAGGAGAUGGUUCCAUGAGCAGCCAAAAAAGAACUCUGACAUAUCCUUCCUCUUAUAGCUUAGACGGUUUCACUAAAUCAUCCGGUAGUGGUUCACUUAAUACCAGCAAUGACUCAUCUUUCUCUUCACUUUCGCCGUCUAAUGGUGUGAGUGGAGCAGUGGCGAUAUCUGCUGGUGCAACAUCGGCGGCGGCGUCUCCAAUGCUACCCGGGCGUAAACAACGUUAUUUCGAGUGUGAGAUGUGUUCGGCCGUUUUUCCAGACCGGGCGCAGCUGCUGGACCACGUGCCUAUACAUAUAUAAGAUUUUUAACAUUUUCUUUAUGCUGAAUUGAAUAUCGGGUAUGAGGUUUCCGAAAAGCGUUACAAUUCAAAAUGAAUUUACUAAACGUAUACCAUACCGUUGUACAAGUGACUUUUAGUUGCAUUGAAAUUUAUGCAAAACUAUACAUUUUAGAUAAAAUUAUUUUUAAUAAUACUAUUAAUUUAAUUCUUUCAUUCGGUAUGAAAAGUAUUUAAUAUGUAAAUUUGUUUUAGAAUUAGAUGUGUUUAACUAAGCCAUCAAUACCAUAUAAAUAUAGUGCUAAAGCAACGUGUUGUAAUUUGUAGUUAGCAAACCCAAAGGCCUCUUUCUUACCUAUUACAUAGAAACACAUUUUGUUAUACCAUUUUUAUAAACAUAUGUAUGUAUGUACGUAAAUUACCUCAAAAGCAAACCCCCUCAAACGUAUGUGACUAAUAACAUUUAAAAAAUAAAUAUAUGAAGUGAUCUUUAAGAGA